AUACUGUCUUGCCUCCGGUCGCGCGCGGGCCCAGUACUCGGCCGUCAGCGGGAGCUGCCAGGCUCUGGAGGGCGCCCCGGAAACCAUGGAGGUCCUCGUCCUGGCCGGAUACCGCGCGCAGAAGGAGGACGAGCUGAGUCUGGCGCCCGGGGACGUGGUCCGGCAGGUGCGCUGGGUGCCCGCGCGGGGCUGGCUUCGCGGAGAACUGGGGGGCCGCUAUGGCCUCUUCCCAGAGCGCCUGGUGCAGGAGAUCCCAGAGACCCUGCGGGGUUCCAGAGAGGCGCGGAGACCGCGCUGUGCGCGCCGCCGAGGUCAUCCUGCCAAAUACCCGGGGCCCCAAAGAUGGUGCAAAGUGAACUUCAACUACAGCCCAGAGCAGGCGGACGAGCUGAAGCUGCAAGCUGGGGAGAUCGUGGAAAUGAUAAAGGAGAUUGAGGACGGCUGGUGGCUGGGGAAGAAGAACGGGCAGCUGGGAGCCUUCCCAUCCAACUUUGUGGAAUUGCUGGACAGUGGGCCCCCAAGCUUUGGUAACCCAGACAUGCCUUCAGUCAGCCCUGGUCCCCAGCGGCCUCCCAAGCUGAGCAGCCUGGCCUAUGACAGCCCUCCAGACUACCUGCAGACAGUCUCCCACCCUGAGGCCUACAGGGUCCUGUUUGACUACCAGCCUGAGGCCCCAGACGAGUUGACGCUGCGGAGGGGGGACGUGGUGAAAGUACUCAGCAAGACCACAGAGGAUAAGGGCUGGUGGGAAGGAGAAUGUCAAGGACGAAGAGGAGUUUUUCCAGACAACUUCGUACUCCCACCACCGCCAAUCAAGAAGCUGGUCCCACGGAAAGUGGUAUCUCGGCAAUCAGCUCCUAUUAAGGAACCAAAAAAGUUGAUGCCCAAAACAUCCCUCCCCACAGUCAAGAAACUAGCGACAGCCGCCACUGGGCCCAGCAAAGCCAAGACAUCUCGGACACCCAGCAGGGACAGUCAGAAGCUCACUUCCCGAGACUCAGGCCCCAAUGGUGGCUUCCAAAGCGGGGGUUCGUGUCCCCCUGGCCGAAAGCGAUCCAAAACCCAGACUCCCCAGCAACGCUCUGUGUCCAGUCAGGAGGAAGAGCACAGCAGCCCAGCAAAGGCCCCCUCUGUGAAGAGAACCCCCAUGCUGGACAAGACCACAACUCCAGAGAGGCCCCCAGCUCCAGAGAAUGCCCCCGGCUCCAAGAAGAUCCCGGUUCCUGACAAGGUCCCCUCCCCAGAGAAGACCCUCACUCUAGGCGACAAGGCCUCUAUCCCAGGGAACUCCACCUCGGGGAAGAUCCCAGCUCCUGACAUAGUCCCCACCCCAGAGAGGAUGGUGACUCCAGAGGACAAGGCCUCUAUCCCAGAGAACUCCAUCCCAGAGGAGGCCCUGACUGUGGACAAACCCUCCACUCCAGAGAGGCUCUUUUCAGUGGAAGAGGCCAGUGGCCCAGAAGUCCCACCAAUGGAUAAAGUCCCUGAUCCAAAGAUGGCCCCUCUGGGGGAUGAGGCCCCCACCCGAGAAAAGGUCUUGACCCCAGAGCUUUCUGAAGAAGAGGUGUCCACCAGAGAUGACACUCAAUUCCAUCACUUCUCUUCGGAGGAAGCCCUGCAGAAGGUCAAGUCCUUUGUAGCCAAAGAGGCUCCAUCAUCCCAGGAGAAGGCCCACACACCAGAGGCACCCCCACUCCAGCCUCCUUCCUCAGAGAGGUGCCUGGGAGAGAUGAAAUGCCCCCUUGUUAGAGGGGACAGCUCCCCACACCAGGCUGAGUUGAAGUCUGGGCCAGCGUCCAGGCCUGCUCUUGAGAAGCCCCACCCCCAGGCAGAGGCUACAACGCUUCUAGAGGAGGCACCUUCCAAAGAGGAGAGGACCCCUGAAGAGGAGGCAUCCCCCAAUGAGGAAAGGCCUCUGAGAGAGGAGGUGCUCCCGAAAGAGGGAGUGGCUUCCAAAGGGGAGGUGCUCCCCAAAGAGGGAGUGGCUUCCAAAGGGGAGGUGCUCCCCAAAGAGGGAGUGGCUUCCAAAGAGGUGCUCCCCAAAGGGGGAGUGGCUUCCAAGGAGGAGGUGCUCCCCAAAGAGGGAGUGGCUUCCAAGGAGGAGAUGCUCCCCAAAGAGGGAGUGGCUUCCAAAGAGGAGGUGACCCUGAAAGAGGAAGUGGCUCCAAAAGAGGAGGUGCCCCCUAUAGAUACAGCCUUUGCCCAAAAAACACAUCCUAUCAAGCCGUCUCCAGACUCCCAAGAGACACUCACGCUCCCCUCCUUGCUUCCGCAAAACUACACGGAAAACAAGAAUGAGGGAGUCGAUGUAACGUCGCUGAGGGGCGAGGUGGAGUCUCUAAGGAGGGCGCUGGAGCUGAUGGGGGUGCAGCUGGAGAGGAAGCUGACCGACAUCUGGGAGGAGCUGAAGAGCGAGAAGGAGCAGCGCCAGCGGCUGGAGGUCCAGGUGAUGCAGGGGACCCAGAAGUCCCAGACCCCGCGCAUCAUCCACGCGCAGACGCAGACCUACUGAGGGCGGGCCUGGGAAGGGACCGCGGCCCGUCCUGGCUGGGGCCACCCACGUCCUUGCACACGACUUUGGGAAACUCGAGAAAGUAAACUCUGCCUCGCAAGGGGCCACGCCGGUCUGGUCGCUAGGGGCGGGGUCUGCGCGGGGGCAGGGCCUGGGCCUCCGCAUUCCUGACGGUCCCUCCCGGGCACAUCUGUCCAACAUGUGGCUCCCAUUACCGUUC